AUGACUAAAGUCUCAAGUAAUAAGCUGGAAAAGCUUUCUUUUGGUGAAAAGCGAAUAAGUGCCGUAGAUCAUGAGUUCACAGUAACUUUUCACCGGUAUAGUUUCCAAUCUUUUAAAUUCAAGGUGGAAAAUGUGCCAGACUUAAAAGUGCAAACGAUGCACCGAGCCGUCAGAAAUAGAUUGACUGACUUAGAUAUAUAUAUAGGCGAUGAAGAGUAUGUGUUUGGUGUUAGGGAAAGAUAUGGCUUCCGAGUGAUUAUGGCGGACAAAGAGUUCUGGAAUGGAGAACUUCACUACUAUAAACCUGAAGAUGCUGCUGAAAUUACCAAACAAUUACAGCUUCUAGAUCUGGCAAGGAAUUACCAGUAUAUGGCAGUAGCAUGUACGAUGCUAUUCAUUAUAUUAGUCAUUACAAAACUAUUCGAACUGCAGCAAUAG